AUGUCCGACGCAGGCGGCGGGAAGAAGCCGCCUGUGGAGCCGCAGGCGGGGCCGGGGCCGGGCCCGGGGCGCGCAGCUGGGGAACGGGGCCUGCCAGGCUCCUUCCCUCUGGUCCUGAAGAAGCUGAUGGAGAACCCCCCGCGCGAGACGCGCAUCGAUAAGGAAAAGGGAAAGGAAAAGCUGGAGGAGGAUGAGGCAGCGGCAGCCAGUACUAUGGCUGUCUCGGCCUCCCUCAUGCCUCCCAUCUGGGACAAGAAUCCCUACGAUGGUGAGUCUUUCCACCUGGAGUACAUGGACCUGGACGAGUUCCUGCUGGAGAAUGGCAUCCCUGCCAGCCCCACUCAGCUGGCCCAGAACCUUCUGCUGCCUGUGGCUGAGCUAGAGGGGAAGGAGUCCGCCAGCUCUUCCACCGCCUCCCCGCCAUCCUCCUCUGCUGCCGUCUUCCAGCCUUCUGAAACUGUAUCCAGCACAGAAUCCUCCCUGGAAAAGGAGAGGGAAACUCCCAGUCCCAUCGACCCCAACUGUGUGGAAGUAGAUGUGAACUUCAACCCGGACCCUGCCGACCUGGUCCUAUCCAGUGUACCAGGCGGGGAGCUCUUCAACCCUCGGAAGCACAAGUUUGCCGAGGAGGAUCUGAAGCCCCAGCCCAUGAUCAAAAAGGCCAAGAAGGUCUUUGUCCCUGAUGAGCAGAAGGAUGAAAAGUACUGGACAAGACGCAAGAAGAACAACGUGGCAGCCAAGCGGUCACGGGACGCCAGGCGCCUGAAGGAGAACCAGAUCACAAUCCGGGCGGCCUUCCUGGAGAAGGAGAACACGGCCCUGAGGACGGAGGUGGCCGAGCUGCGCAAGGAGGUGGGCAAGUGCAAGACCAUCGUGUCCAAGUAUGAGACCAAGUAUGGGCCCUUGUAACCCGUGCCCCCGCCCAGGCGGGGCACUCCCAGCCCCUCAGACUUCUGCCUUGGGGCUCCCAGAACCCCACACAUGCGUGGAGACUUAGGACUCGUCGUGGGCGCAUGGCAGUGCCCGUGCUCCAGGUGUAUUCACGUCUCAGCUUCAUUAUUACCUGGCCAGCACACCAGACGACUUCCUGGGGGCAGCCUCCCACAAUGGGGAACACGAGAGACUCUGCGCAGGGGGCACACCCCACGUUGCUGUUCCCGGAUGUCCUGGCUGCAUCAGAGGGGACCUCCAGAGUAUGUGUCUCUCCUUCACGGGCCGCUCAGGCUUCCCCGACUCCCCUCAGUCUUCAGUCCAGGCUGCUGAGGGCCAUCUCUGCAGACCGACUCAUGAUCAUCGUCACCCUUAUGUCUUCUCAGGUAGCAGGUGCAUUUCCACUUGGGGCGUGUCUGCCACACACCUCACCCUCCCCAGAAAGUCUCUUGAGAGAAGUGUCCAUUCCCAUCUCCUUGGAGGCAGGAAGACACAGUAGCCCUGCUGUUAAGCACGUGCAGGCGGGCAGCAAGGCCUCAGCACGACCUGUGGCUGGGGACUGAGGCAACAGCAGAAACUGCCACACCGUUCUCAGCCCUGUACCUCCUCUUGUCUCGUGACUCAGGCCUGCGGUCGGAAGCCAGGAUGGAGGCCUGGGGUGGGCUCCAGCUCACCUCGGUAGAGGGCCAUUCCCAGGGUGCUGGUUCCUGGGCCCUGGUGGCCUGUGCAGAGGGAGGGCUUUGCAUCUCCUCUCCAGGCCCGUCCUGGAGGUCACCUGAAUCUCUUUUGUCCCAUUAUAGUGGCCUGUAGGCUGCUAUUCCUUUUCCCCAGUAACCAUUCUCAGAUCUUGGAUUAAAAGGAAAACCUUCCUCACCUAGGAAGCUUUCAUUUUGUGGACUCAGUGUGCAGCUUCUGCACGGUGUUGAGAAACCUGGCCACUAGGCCCCUUUUGGUGUGGGCAUGAGCCUGGGGCCUGUUUCUUGGAAAGCUCCGUUGGCUUUCUUGCUCUGCUCACCAGUGGCCCAGGCCAGAGUUCUUCCCUGUCUGAGAGCAGAAGAUUCCUCCCUGUUUUUGAUCAGCUUCCUCCUCUCCAAUGCCCAGAGGUGUCUGCAGACGCCACUGAGGUGGUAGUGCAGCUCUCGUGGGGUAACAGGUUUUGGGACAUCCUAACAGGGCUAGACUCCUCUCAGUCUUGGCCUGGAGUUGGGGUCACCCACACAAGGCUAGCCAUGUAUGGACCAAGGUUUGGAUCCUGGACUUCUCCACCCCGUGACUGCCCCUCGAAGUGCAGCUGGGUCGUCCUAUUGUCUGCCCAGACAGUGACUUGAGGAGCAUCUGGCACCCUGUGCUCCUUUGUGUCAUCUGGGGCACUCAUGAUGGCUGUGUUGUUUGCUCAGGGCAGGCAGCCUUUGUGAAGAGCAGAGGUGGUAACAGGUGCGCUUUGUUGUGCUUAACACUGGCUUUAUUUAAGAUGGUGGCUCAGAGUCCUGGGGCCCAAAUCUAAAGACUUCUGCUACCAGCUGUUGAAAUUAGAGGCAGCGUCUCUAGCCCUGGACUGCACGACCUCUGGGACCUGCACACUCACCUCUUGGGGCCCUUGACAAGGGUCCCUGAGGCUAAGGGAGGUCUCCCCCUCCCACUAGGCAUCUGACUUUUACUUCAUGGUUCUCUAGAAACCAUGUGCACACUUUUCACUCUGUGGUGAUGACACAGGGCCAUUGCAUCCAGCAUGUCAGUGUCCUGCCCGGGCCACUCGCACGCCCGCCCGGUGUUCACCCUCUGGUCUGGCUGCUCACCCAGAGGGAGUUCUCAUUCUGUUAUUGGUGGACAAAGCCUCGAGCUGGAAAGCUCUUUUGUUGUUGUUUUUUGGCUAGAUAAUAAUGUUUGUGUUUUUCCAAUUUUAUUUUUUUUAAGAAUAGACAGCUAGUCUAUGGAUCGUUCCAACCCCAGUGAGCGGGAUAGAGGCGUAACAUCUCUCCUCAUCCCACCCCUGCCUGUGCGGCUCUCCUGCUCCUCCCAGAAACACGAGGUCUGGCUCCUUCCCAAAGUGUUUGCUUGGAAAGAUUACCGCUGCUGGGCACCCAGGAGAACCCUUUGAAGCAGUAGCCUGGCAGGGACAGGAAGAAACCUGACCACAGGUCAACAUUCUGGGUCCUUUCCCCUGAGCUAGGCCUUUUAGAAAGACUUAGUGCCUGCUCAGCGUCUUAGAGAUGGAGCUGACAGCCAAAGACAGGGGCUCCUGUGUGCAGGUCUUUGACGUUUUCUAAAGCAUGCAGGUGUGAAGAAGCCGCUCACACUGGCCUUUUGGUGGGCUAGCCUGGGGCUGAGGAGAGCUGUCCACACUGCGAGUGUCUGUCUUCAGUUUUCAUGGCAGCCUUGUUGCAGCUGAAAACAGACAAAUCAUGAAUGAGCUAAUACACUGCAAGAAUGUACACGUGAGAAGUGUCUAUCCAGGGCCAGGGAUAUAGUCACUGGCAUAGCACCUGCCUGGCAAGUGCAAGGUCAUGAGUUCAAUCCCUGGUACCAGAAAAAAAGAGAUGUCUGUCCAGAUAUAGACAUGUCCUUAUGUCUAGAGAGAGCCAGCAGCCUAGGGAGGACCUGGGUAAUCUUGCUCUGGCCAAAGGAAGAGCUCUGCCACCUGACUCCUGAGGCCAUGGCAGGGUGGCAGGCAUGGGCAGGCUCCUUUGUGCCAGCUGGGCAGCUCUCCAUGUGGCCCUUGACACAGAGGGCCAUGGAGCUUCCCGUUUUCAUGGCAAAGCUCCACCCUAGCUCCUUUAACAUCUGUUCAUAAGUGCAAUAAAUUUUUCUAGAAAAUGGUGAAGAUGACUCCAGGUGGAGAUUGCUAUCUUUUGGUGUUGGGGAUGCCAGAACACCACUUGGUUUUAUUUUUCUAAGUGCAUGUGACAAGAGUGUGUGGGGCUCUGCGUCCUCCCCUGGGAGCUGGCACCCCAGUGGGCCCCUCUCCCCUGUACUGAGCGUGUUGGGGGAAGGAGGAAGGAAAAGACCCUUUUGUGCAGCUGGAGAGGGUACAAGCAGACUCAGCCCAUUGGCCUUACCUGCGUAUGUGUGUGUGUGCGAGUGUGUCCCUGCUGUUGGGCCAGAGUGAUGUGGGGAGGGAAGCCGGGAAUGUAUCCUUUUCAAAAUUAAAUAUUUUGAGAUGAGAA